UCAGCGAGAAAUGUCUAUUUGUCCUGUUUAGUUUAUGGCAUUUUUGUGGUUACCAAAUAGAUUUUGCUCAUAAUCAUUGUAACAGUGCAUAAUUUUACCAUCCUAGCUUAUUUUAAAACCUAAAGAAGUGGGAGCGAUGACGCCGCAACUGUCGCCCGUCGAGGAGCAAGACAAGUUACUGGAGGAGGCCCUGGCCGUAGUGAAGGUCCAGGCAUUCCAGAUGAAGAGAUGUCUGGACAAGAGCAAACUGAUGGACGGGCUCAAACACGCCUCCACCAUGCUGGGCGAACUACGCACCUCUCUGCUGUCUCCCAAGAGCUACUACGAGCUUUACAUGGCAAUCACUGAUGAACUGAGGCAUCUGGAACUGUACCUCCUGGACGAGUUCCAGAAAGGACGGAAAGUCGCAGAUCUGUACGAACUAGUUCAGUACGCUGGCAACAUUGUCCCUAGGCUCUACCUGUUGAUUACUGUUGGCCUGGUUUAUAUCAAGACCAACACCAGUCUAAAGCGAGAUCUGCUGAAAGACUUGGUGGAGAUGUGUCGAGGCGUGCAGCAUCCGUUGCGAGGACUGUUUCUGCGUAACUACUUAUUGCAGUGCACGCGCAACGUUCUGCCUGACAACCCUGACACGACGGGGGACGACGCCGAGGGAACCGUUAGGGACUCCAUCGACUUUGUGCUGAUGAACUUUGCGGAGAUGAACAAACUGUGGGUUCGGAUGCAGCAUCAAGGUCAUUCACGGGACAAAGAGAGACGGGAGCGAGAGAGAGAGGAACUGAGGAUACUUGUGGGUACGAACCUAGUGAGGCUCUCGCAACUCGAGUCCAUCAACCUGGACAAGUACCGCAAGAUGGUGUUACCUGGUAUCUUGGAACAAGUGGUCAGCUGUAGAGAUGCCAUUGCUCAAGAAUACCUCAUGGAGUGUAUAAUACAGGUAUUUCCUGACGAGUUCCACCUGGCCACACUGAACGCAUUCCUCAAGUCGUGUGCUGAGCUACAGGCCGGAGUGAAUGUCAAGAACGUUGUCAUCUCGCUGAUCGAUCGGCUCGCCACGUUCUCUCAACGUUCCGAGGUGCUCACUCCUGACAUGGAGCAGGAGAUAUCAAAACUCUUUGAUAUCUUCUCGGAUCAAGUCGCAUCCAUCAUUGAGUCUCGUGUGGACAUGCCACCAGAAGACAUAGCCUCUCUGCAGGUCUCCCUGGUCAACCUGGCACUCAAGUGUUACCCUGAUAGACUAGACUAUGUGGACAAAGUGCUGCAGUCUACUGUGACUGUUCUGCAGCGACUGGGACUGACCACUGUGGUGUACUCCAGUGGUGUUGGCAAGGAGAUGAUGCACUUGCUCCGUCUACCAGUCGACCAGUACAACAACGUGUUGACAGUGUUGCAAUUGGAGCACUACACUCCGUUGUUGCAAUGUUUCGACUACCACGGCCGCAAGACAUUGUCCGUUUACCUCAUCAACAACGCACUUAACAGUGACACCUAUAUCAACACACCAGAGCAGGUUGACACAGUGCUUACCAUGAUCAGCACUCUUGUGGAGGAUCAGGCUGACCAACCGCCUAUUGAGGAAGAAGAUCCGGAGGACUUUGCUGAUGAGCAAGGACUCCUGGGCAGGUUUAUCCACCACCUAAAGUCCGAAGUGCCAGACCAACAGUAUCUCAUCCUCAGUACAGCCAGGAAGCACCUAGGAAGUGGAGGUCGGCGCAUCCGACAUACGUUGCCACCUCUGGUGUUCCAGGCUUACCAACUGGCGUUCAAGUACAGUGCGAUGAGCAACGAGGAUGAGAACUGGCAGAAGAAGUGCACCAAGAUAUUCCAGUUCUGCCACCAGACGAUCAGUGCGCUGUGCAAGGCAGAGUUGGCAGAACUUCCCCUGAGACUGUUCCUCCACGGAGCUCUAGCCAUUGGACAGAUCAAGUUUGAGAACCACGAGAGUUUGGCUUACGAGUUCCUCUCACAGGCGUUCUCCCUGUACGAGGAUGAGAUCUCAGACAGCAAGAGCCAGCUGGCGGCCAUCACACUGAUUGUUGCAUCGUUUGAGCGCAUGACGUGCUUCGGUGAGGAGAACGCAGAGCCAGUCCGCACUCAGUGUGCGCUCGCUGCCAGCAAACUGCUCAAGAAGCCAGACCAGUGUCGCGGCGUUGCCACCUGCUGCCAUCUGUUCUGGUCAGGGAAAACCAACUCCGGUGAAGAGCUGCACGAAGGCAAGAGGGUUGUAGAAUGUCUAAAAAAGGGAGUGCGAAUCGCCAGCCAAUGUAUGGACAUGUCAGUCCAGACUCAACUGUUUGUAGAGUUAUUGAACCACUACUUGUACUUCUACGAGAAGGGCAAUGAUCAGAUAACUGUGGCAAUGCUGAAUCAAGUUGUCAUCAAGAUCAGGGAGGAACUGCCUAACCUCGAGUCUAACGAGGAGACAGAACAAAUCAGUAAGCAUUUCUCCAACACUAUCGAGCAUCUUCGUAACCGCAUCGAGAGCCCGGAGUCAGAAGGAGUUAACUACGAGGGACUGGUGUUAUAAAUCAUCACAAACUAUAAUAAAUGUCUGAGGAAGUAGGUUUACGAACCGCGAGAGUUAAAAACUAUUUUGUUCUUCAAGAACUUAUUUAAAUGUUUUAAUAUUUUAUACGUAUUUAAACUAAGUUAUACUUAUUGUUUAUUGUGCUAAAUGUAUUAAACAGAUCUGAGUAUUGAUUUUUAAAUUAUAUAUUUUUAAUUGUAUAUACAUAAGAUCAUUUUUGCAUGGAAAUUCGAGAAGCAAUUAGGGUUGAACAGAUUUUUAUAGUAAUCACCAGUAGUGAAUUGGUUAAUGGGACGGAGACGAGUAAACGUUCCUCCACUGGAAAACUAAGACUACACCACUGGUGAUUACGGAUUAAUGUAUGGAACCAGUUCUUUACUAUUUAUAGCUGUAUAUUUUAUUUUCUUUAAAUUAUGUUUGUUCUCUUUUAUUUCUGUUGAAGAACAUUGCAUGCGUCUAUAACCCGAGGAUUAUAAUGUUCUAAUGGUAAUGAAAGUCUGUAACUUUCUGUCUCAUAAUUUUAGUUGAACACAUUUUCUAUGAGAUAAUUGUGCUUUUAAAAUUGUUAUAUUAUACAGUAUUUUAUAUCAUAUAGCAAUUUAUGUUUUAUUGUUAAACACAUAUUAAUUUGAAUCAUUGUUAACAAAUGUUUGCAAAGACAUUUCUCUUUCCCAUAAGAUUAAAAUUUGAAUUAGAAAUUGCUGGACAAUGCCUUGCUUGUUAGAUAUAUGAUAUUUUAAAGUAAUACAUGAUGCUUGUUGUUUUGUUAUUUACCCGGAAUCAAUGGCCAAUAAAUCAGUAAUGUCCAAGUAAGUACUAUUACUUAAAAAGAUCCGACUACUUUUAGAAGAAGUUUAUAACAUCUUAUUCCUUAAACUAACCAAAACUAAAACGUGAUCUAUUUAAAAAAAAAUUUUAAAUAGGAAUAUGGAAAAUCUGUGUUUUUUUAGGUAAUUUACUUGUUAUUUUCCUUAGAAUUACAGAAUGUGAGAUUUUAUGUAUUAGGCCAACCGGUAUUGCGUUAAUCCUGUUAUAUCAAUGUACAGAUAGAUUAAUCUUUGUAAAAACUUAUUGUAUUGUAAUAAAACUAUAUU